AUGUCUCAGCAACUUAAGAACGUGCUCGUGAAGCUCAUCGUUGGAGCUGGUCAGGCUGCUCCAUCUCCGCCAGUUGGACCAGCUUUGGGUUCGAAGGGUGUGAAAGCCAUUGACUUUUGUAAAGAAUUCAAUGCAAGAACUUCAUCAUACCAACCAGGUACACCGGUACCUGUGCUGAUAACAAUCAAGCCAGACCGUUCCUAUACGUUUGAAAUGAAAUCUCCUCCGACAGGAUAUCUUUUAUUAAAGGCUAUUGGUAAAGAGAAGGGCAUGAGCCAACCUAACGUUCAAAGUCCGACGAAUACCUUGGGACAGCUGUCAUUGAAACACGUCUACGAAAUUGCCAAGAUAAAGAAAACGGAUGGAAGACAUGCUUCGAUUGAAAUGGAAAGUAUCGUGAAAUCGGUAAUUGGGGUUGCCAAAAGUCUUGGCAUAAAAGUUGUUUUGUAA